AUGGCGGCCGCGCCGGGCCUGCUGCGCCAGGAGCUGUCCUGCCCUCUGUGCCUGAAGCUGUUCGACGCGCCGGUGACGGCGGAGUGCGGCCACAGCUUCUGCCGCGCCUGCCUGGCCCGCGCGGCCGGGGAGGCGGACGGCACGGCGCCCUGCCCCACCUGCCAGGCGCCCACGCGGCCGCAGGCGCUCAGCACCAACCUGCAGCUGGCGCGCCUGGUCGAGCGGCUGGCGCAGGUGCCGCAGGGCCACUGCGAGGAGCAUCUGGACCCGCUCAGCGUCUACUGCGAGCAGGACCGCGCGCUCGUGUGCGGCGUGUGCGCCUCGCUGGGCGCGCACCGCGGCCACCGCCUGCUGCCCGCCGCCGAGGCCCACGCGCGCCUCCAGACCCAGCUCCCCCAGCAGCAGCUGCAGCUGCAGGAGGCGUGUGCGCGCAAGGAGAAGAGCGCAGCGGCGCUGGAGCAGCAGCUGGUGGAGGUGGAGGAGACUGUGCGCCAGUUCCGGGGGGCCGUAGGGGAGCAGCUGGGCAAGAUGCGGCUGUUCCUGGACGAGCUGGAGAGCUCCCUGGACCAGGAGGCUGAGCAGGUGCGGGCCAAGGCGGGGGCCGCCCUGCGGAAGGAGCUGGGGGGCCUGAACUCGUACCUGGAGCAACUGCGGCAGAUGGAGAAGGUGCUGGAGGAGGUGGCCGACAAGCCGCAGACCGAGUUCCUCAUGAAAUUCUGCCUGGUGACCAGCAGGCUGCAGAAGAUCCUGGCAGAGUCCCCCCCGCCUGCCCGUCUGGACAUCCAGCUGCCUGUCAUCUCAGAUGACUUCAAGUUCCAGGUGUGGAGGAAGAUGCUCCGUGCUCUCAUGCCAGUGACGGAGCUGACCUUCGACCCCAGCACGGCGCACCCCAGCCUGGUGCUGUCCCCCUGCGGCCGCCGCGCGCACUGCGCGGAGCAGAAGGCGCCGCCGGCCGCCGAGGACCCGCGCCGGUUCGACAAGGCGGUGGCGGUGCUGGCGCGGCAGCGGCUGGCGGAGGGCGAGCACUACUGGGAGGUGCAGGUGGGCGACAAGCCGCGCUGGGCGCUGGGCGUGAUGGCGGCGCAGGCGGGCCGGCGCGGGCGGCUGCAGGCGGUGCCGUCGCAGGGGCUGUGGCUGCUGGGCCAGCGGGACGGGAAGGUGCUGGAGGCGCACGUGGAGGCGAAGGAGCCGCGCGCGCUGCCGCCCCGGGAGCCGCGGCCGGCGCGCGUCGGGCUGUACCUGAGCUUCGCCGACGGCGUCCUCGCCUUCUACGACGCCAGCGACCCCGACGCGCUGGAGCCGCUCUUCGCCUUCCGCGAGCGCCUGCCCGGGCCCGUGUUCCCCUUCUUCGACGUGUGCUGGCACGACAAGGGCCGCAACGCGCAGCCGCUGCUGCUGGUGGGGCCCGAGGGCCCCGAGGCCUGA